AAUCAAAACUGAAUUGUGGUGCCAAAUUCCACUCUCAAAUUCAACAAUACAGAAGAUGGAAGAUGCAAGUUUCAACCUUCCUCCUGGUUUUUUCUUCUCUCCAACUGAUGAAGAACUUGUUCUUCACUUUCUCUAUUGCAAGACUUCUCUUAUUCCAUGCCAUCCCAACAUCAUUCCAGACCUCGAUUCUCGCCUUCAUCCUUGGGAACUAAAUGGUAAGGCUUUGUUAAGUGGGAAUCAGUACUAUUUCUUUACCAAAGUGAAUGAAAACAGAACAACGGAAAAUGGGUGUUGGAAGGAAAUAGGUGUGACGGAACCUAUAUUUUCAACUUUUGACAAGAAAGUGGGAACGAAGAAGUACUUGGUAUUCCACAUUGGUGAAGCUCCACAUGUUACUGAAACCAACUGGGUAAUGCAAGAAUAUCAUAUAUGUUCUUCUGGGUUUGACACUGCGUCCUAUGGAAGUUCUAGGAGAAGACGAAAACAUGAUCAAAGUUGGAGCCAGUGGGUUUUGUGCAGAGUGUACGAGAAGAUGAGGUCUGAAGGUGUAAACUGCUAUAGCGAUGACGAUGACAGUGGAUCAGAGCUUUCAUGGUUAGAUGAAGUUUAUCUGUCGUUGGAUGAUGAUCUGGAAAAAUUUGGCAUGCCAAAUUAGAUUGAAUAUUAUUGUAUACUGAUGUUAAUAUAUAAAUAUAUAAAUAUAUAUAAAGGAAUUGUACUUAAUUAUAGUGUUGAAUUGUUUGAAAUGAAGGUAUUCAAUGGCCCUUUUUACAUGCAAGUUAUGGCAGAAGUUAAUCAAAUACUUAAGUAUUGUUGAAUGCGAUGAAUUCUUGAAUGUCUCUCAGGUUCCAAUAUGUAUUUAUAGUAGAACAAGAUAAU